AUGUAUCCAGGCGUUGAACACUUUAAUUCAAACAUAAAAUGGAGAUUCGAUGAUUCACAAGCGGAGGACGAUAUGCAAACCCUGGAACAAAAUCUUGAUAGAAUUCGUAGUCUUAGUCACGAGAGAAAUUUUAAUGCAUACGGAUUGAAAGACAGUGAUAAUUUAUUAGAAGUUGAAGUGAACGUUGCAGAAGAUGAUUCUGAUGAAAAUAAAGAUUAUAAUGGUGGUAGUGCUCGUGAAAGUUGUGACGAAAAAAGUGAUUAUGGUACCGCACAUAAGUUUUCUCGUACCUCUUCAUUAUCUAAUAGAGAAUUAGAUGUGAUCAAAGAAAGUUCCAGAAGUUCUAGCGACACUGAAGUGACGUUGACGCGAUGA